AUGCCGAGGAAGCAGCGUCUGCCCAACACACCAACUCCUGCUCCCACCCCUGCACCUACUCCGGCUCCCACUCCCGCACCUACUCCAGCUCCCACUCCCGCACCUACUCCAGCUCCCACUCCCGCACCUACUCCAGCUCCCACUCCCGCACCUACUCCAGCUCCCACUCCUGCUCCAACUGGCCCCACUCCCGCACCUACUCCAGCUCCCACUCCUGCACCAACUGGUCCCACUCCCGCACCUACUCCUGCUCCAACUGGACCCACUCCCGCACCAACUGGCCCAACUGCAGGUCCCACUGCUGGCCCAACUGCAGGUCCCACUGCUGGCCCAACUGCAGGUCCCACUGCUGGCCCAACUGCAGGUCCCACUGCUGGCCCAACUGCAGGUCCCACUGAAGGCCCAACUGCAGGGCCCACUGAAGGCUCAACUGCAGGUCCCACUGAAGGCCCAACUGCAACCCCCACUGAUGGCCCAACUGCAACACCCACUGAUGGCCCAACUGCAACACCCACUGCAGCCCCAACUGCAACCCCCACUGAUGGCCCAACUGCAACCCCCACUGCUAGCUCAACUCACCCAACUGUAGGCUCAACUCAGUCCCACUCCCGCACCAACUGGUCCCACUCCCGCACCAAUUCCUGCACCGACUGGUCCCACUCCUGUUCCUACUCCUGCACCAAUCUGGUCCCAUUCCUGCACCAACUGGUCCCACUCCUGCACCAAAUUGGUCCCACCCCUACACUAACUCCUGCACCAACUGGUCCCACUCCCGCGCCUACUCCCGUACCAACUGGUCCCACUCUCACACCAACUCCUGCACCAACUGGUCCCAUUCCUACACCAACUCCUGCACCAACUGGUCCCAUUCCCAUACCUACUCGUGCACCAACAGGUCCCACUCCCGUACCAACGUACCAACUGGCCCAACUGCAGGUCCCACUGCUGGCUCAACUGCAAUAUCUUAAACCCACCAGGAGGCAUAGAACUAUGCAGAGCUGCUCCCUUUUUCACACUAGGCUAGCCAGCGCUGGCAGGUGCAAGCGAGAAGGUACAGUGGUGGGAGCAGAUGGUGAUGCAUUGGCUGUGAAAAGAAUGUAUUUGUAUGAUUAA